UCACUUUCCUGGCAUCUGAAUAUCCUCCCCUUUUUCUCCGGCGAGUUCUCGCCGGCCGUCGUCGAGAGCAAAAUCAUCAUUUCCCUUUUCCGUUCACUUAAUACCCUUUUGAAAAACCCUAAUUUUGAUCCGAUUCUUUCAGUUCACCGUUCAAUUCUUAUACUCAUACCGUUGACCUAACUUUUCAAUUCACCGAUUUCUUCUCCAAUUCUCUGAUUUCAUCAAUCCCGAUGGCAUUUCUUCGCUUCUUGUAAGGUUUUUACAACUCUCCCCGUUAGUUUCCGAACCCACAAUUCUCUACAUCUUGCUCGGUUUAUUACAAUUUGUUAUUAUGGCGAUCCGGUUCACCGUUACCUAUUCCGGCUACCUAGCCCAAAACCUAGCUUCAUCGGCUUCUUCGAAAGUCGUGGGUUGCAGGUUUUUUCACGAAUGUACUGUCCGAUCUCGAAUUUUCCAUCCACCAGCUCAAAAACCCGAAUCAAAUUGCUCCGAUUUCCGCCGGACCAAACCGAAACCACGGCCGGUGAGUAAUACUUACUCUUCCCGGUCGUUUUCGUCCAGUUCAGUGUGUUCGUCGUUUGCUUCUGAGCUUCUUGGCGGAAGUUCGAAUUCACCUUUGGUUGUUGGAUUGAUUUCGCUGAUGAGGUCUUCUUCUGGGUCUUGUACCAUGAAUGCUUUGGGGAUUUCGCCUUUGAAGGCGUCUUCCUUUCUUCCAUUUUUUCAGGGCUCGAAAUGGCUUCCUUGCAAUGAGCCCAGUAUUGGGUCCUCGGCGAGUUCCGAGGUGGAUAAAGGUGGGACUGAAACUAGGUGUAGUGAAAGUUUUGUUCGGUCGGAGCCUUUGUCCAAUGAAAUGAAGGUUUCCAAGAGCCGUUGGGUGUCAAAGUUGUUGAACAUCUGCUCUGAUGAUGCAAAAGCUGCUUUUACAGCUUUGAGUGUUAGCAUAAUGUUUAAGUCAUCUCUGGCUGAGCCAAGAUCAAUUCCAUCUGCUUCCAUGUCCCCUACUCUGGAUAAGGGUGACCGUAUAAUGGCUGAAAAGGUUUCAUAUUUUUUUCGGCAACCUGACAUUUCAGACAUAGUGAUAUUUAAAGCACCACCAAUCCUUCAGCAUAUUUUUGGUUGUAGUGCUGGAGACGUCUUCAUUAAAAGAGUUGUUGCAUUAGCUGGGGAUUAUGUUGAAGUGCGUGAGGGUAAACUGUUUUUGAAUGGUGUUGCUCAAGAUGAAGAUUUCAUUUUAGAGCCCAUUGCCUAUGAAAUGGAACCAGAGCUUGUUCCUGAAGGCUAUGUGUUCGUGAUGGGGGACAAUCGCAAUAAUAGCUAUGAUUCUCACGACUGGGGUCCACUUCCCGUUGCAAACAUUGUCGGUAGGUCAGUAUUCAGAUAUUGGCCCCCAUCCAGGGUGUCCGACACCCUGCAUGGAUCAGUAAUGGAGAAGAGAGUAGUUGCAGUUUCUUGACCCUGUCUAAGAUGGAGGUGUUCUACUGACUUCUUUCAUCUCUUUAUUCUUUUACUGAUCAUUCUCUGCCUUCUGGCUCAUUGGAUCAGCUGUAUAAUCUUUCCCAUCCCACCUGCUGUUGUUCGAUCCACAAUUUGAACAACCAACUUUGAGGAUGGAUUAUCUUAAUCCGCCUGUGUGAUUGUUUUUCUCAAGGGCCCUAUAUUGGGUGUUUCUGCAAUUUUAUGUAGUGGAAAGUCUCAGAGAUAAAGCUGAUCAUUGGAAUUAGCGACUCAGUUGUCAUGAUCUGAAGAACUGGAACAUUUUCCCUUUCUCCUAGACCGUGGAGUGGAGAACCAGACUAGGCGAGACACGAUAGUGUCUAUAUGGACCCAACAAAGUUUCAGCUGUAAAUCGUGACACAAUAUUCUGAGGCCGAACAUGUUUAAUAUUUGCUUGUAUUCGUGCUGAAUGUAGUGAAUUAUGAAGUAUGGUCUCUAUGUAACAAUUUUCUGCAGUGUUA